UAUGGCCGGAUUAUCUAGGGCCAGUCGCGCCGGGUGACCCCUAGGGGCUGGUGACCCAGACCCAGUGCUUGUCGCACUUAAAACGGUUAGUGCGCGAUCCGCUCGAGGUAGUGCAAUUAAGAACUCCAAUCGCAAUGGUUCUCUGGCUGGGACUGUGUCUUCUCCUCGUCGCUCUGUCCCUCUAUCUGCUGUACGCGUUCGAGCGCCAGACGAGGAUCGAUCGCCUCACCCGUAACUGGCCAGCUCCACCCUCCCUGCCCAUCAUCGGUCACCUGCACAUACUGGCGAAGCUGGUCGGGCCGCAUCCCUUCCGCAGGGCCACGGAGCUCGUGAAUACCCAUCUGAAGGAUCAUCGGGGCAAGCUAUGGCUGGGCACAAAGCUCUAUCUGGUGGACUGCAACCCCAAGGACAUCCAAGCGCUGAGCAGUGCCCAGCAGAUGCUGCAGAAGACCACCGACUACAAGGUGUUUGAGAACUGGCUCUGCGAGGGCCUCUUCACCGCCAACGUUGACAAGUGGACGCACCGCCGCAAGACCGUCGCGCCCGCCUUCAACUCCACAAUGAUCAAGCAGUUCAUGGAGGUGUUUGAGCGGCAGGCACGCAUCCUGCUGCCCCGCGUCGCCGAGUAUGCAGAGUCCGGCGAGUCUCUCGACUUUCUCCAUAUGAUUAGCUGCUACACCUUGGACGUGAUCUGUGAGACGGCCCUGGGUGUAUCGGUUGAUGCUCAAUCGGGCAAGAGAUCGUCGUACCUUGAAGCGGUUAGGGAGAUCCUGCACGUCAUAGACUAUCGCCUGAAGAACCUCUUCUACCGCAAUUCCUUCAUCUACCGCAGAACCGCGCUGUUCAAGCGGGAACAGGAGCUGCUCAAGACUCUGCAUGGCUUCACCGAGGGCAUUGUCCAGGAGCGCCAGACGCAGUUCAAUUUGGACGAGAUAAAUCGCAAUACAAUGAGCAGCAAGAACGGCGAAGUGGAACGUCCCGUUCUCUCCUUCCUGGACACGCUACUCCUGGCCAAGACGCCCGAGGGUCUGCCGCUGUCCGUGAAGGAAAUCCGCGAGGAGGUGGACACGAUUAUAUUCGGGGGCUUUGAUCUGACGGCCACCGCGCUGAAGUUCCUCAUGUACAACAUGACGAUGCACACGGACUACCAGCAGCAGUGCCGCGAAGAGAUUUGGCAGAUCUGUGGCAAGGACACCAGCGAACCCAUCACCAUCGAGCAAGUACGGCAAAUGGAGUUCCUCGAGUGGUGCCUGAAGGAAUCGCUGCGAAUGUAUCCCCCGGCACCGAUGCUGACACGUAAGGCCACAGCCAAUUGUCAGAUCAAUGAUUUCUUCAUACCCAAGGGUCACGACGUGCUCAUCUCGCCCAUGUACAUGGGCCGCUGCAAGGACUUCUUCCCCGAUCCACUCGUCUUCAAGCCUGAACGCUGGGCCCGCGGCGCCGAGCACAAGAUCGAGGCCACCACCUUCAUACCCUUCAUGACGGGCGCUCGCAGCUGUAUGGGUCAGCGCUAUGCCAUGGUCAUGAUCAAGCUGGUCAUGGCCCAUCUGCUGAGGAGCUACCUAUUCGAGCCAUUGGGCGAGCGGCAGGUGAAGAUGAAGCUCACUUUUGUGGUCACACUGCACACGGUGGAGCCCUACUAUUGCCGCGUUAGGGCCAUCGAGUAGGAAGGAUUUGUUCUAGGAAUAUAACUUAGAAAAUAGUGUAACAAAAAAGGAGUCUUUAGGAGGAGUUGUAACCUCGAUUGAGGUUUGCUAUUGGUUGAAAGGAUUAAUCUUAGUAAUUAAAGUCAUUAAAGUAGAUUUUUAAAUG